AUGUCGCUAUGCGUAUACGCCUUCCUAAGACGUGUCAAAAAGGAAGGAAUUAGCACUUUUCUGCCUGCACUCGUCCGAAAGUACGGCUAUCCCUUGGAAGAGCACCGGGUUACCACCGCCGAUGGCUACAUCUUGACCGUUCAUCGGAUUCCCCAUGGGCGUGAUGCUGUGAAUGGAACAGUAGAAAGGCCCGUUGUCUUCAUUAUGCACGGUUUGAUGUCAUCUUCAGCAGACUGGGUCUUGAUGGGACCCAACAAAGGGCUAGCUUACAUCCUAGCCGAGGAAGGCUUCGACGUGUGGCUCGGCAACGCGCGCGGCACCCGCUACUCCCGCCAGCAUGUCAAACUGAAUCCGGAUUCAGGGGCAGAAUUCUGGAACUUCUCCUGGGACGAGAUCGGGAACAUAGAUCUGCCGACCAUGAUCGAUUACGCUUUGGACAAGGCGAAUAAGAAGAGGCUUCAUUACAUUGGGCAUUCACAGGGCACUACUUCAUUCUGGGUAAUGUGUUCACUUCGGCCGGACUACAACCAGAAGAUCAUCUCGAUGAACGCCCUGGCACCCGUGGCUUACUUGACGCACAACAAAUGUCCUCUCAUCAAUCAGUUAGCGCCUUUUUCUACCGUCUUUGAGAAACUUAGUAAAGUGAUCGGCGUAGGUGAAAUCCUUCCGAUCACCAACUCUAAAAUCAUGCGGUGGGCCGGUGAGAAGCUUUGCAGUGACAAUGCUUUAUUUCAAGAGGUCUGCACCGAUAUAGUUUUCCUUAUCGGGGGAUGGAAUUCAUUGGAGUUUAAUAGGACCAUGCUUCCAGUCAUCCUAGCGCACACCCCCGCAGGCGCUUCCAUCCGUCAGUUCGCUCACUACGGCCAAGUCGCUCACAGCGACACUUUCCGUCGCUUCAACCAUCUUAGCUAUUGGAACUACAAAAUCUACGGCACCUGGGACCCACCUCUAUACGACUUAUCCCAAGUCAAAGCUCCCGUCUUUCUCCGUUACUCCUUAUCUGAUCCUUUAGCGCAUAUUGACGACGUGAAGAGAUUAGCGAAGGAGCUUGGGAACCUUAAAGCAAAAACUAGUAUACCGAUGACCAGUUUUAGCCAUUUGGAUUUCAUUUGGGGGAUCGACGCGAAAAAGCUUGUUUACGAUCAUGUUAUCGCUGAUAUGAGAAGGAUGGAAGAAUCCUUGUUCAUCUUCCAUCCUGUUUAG